AUGAAGGCCGUGGUGAUCAAGGGCAAAGAAGCCACCGUCGACCGCGACCGGCCCACGCCCAAACUGCGCGACGACUAUAUCCUCGUCAAGACCGCGGCCGUGGCGCUGAACCCGACGGAUUGGAAACACGUCGCCUUUGGCCUGGGCGCGCAGGGCGGCCUGGUCGGGUGCGAUUUCUCGGGGACCGUCGAGGAGGUCGGAUCCGCCGUGACCAAGUCGUGGUCCAAGGGUGACCGCGUCGCCGGGGUCGCGCACGGCGGCAAUGCCGUCCAGCCCGACGACGGUGCCUUUGCCGAGUACGUGCUCGCCAAGGGGGACAUUCAGAUCAAGAUCUCGGACUCGUUGAGUUUCGAAGCCGCGGCGACCCUGCCGCUGGGGACGACGACCGUGAUGCAGGGAUUGUUCCAAAAGGCCUUGAAGCUGAAUUGGCCGACCGAUCCGAUCAAGGAGAAGACCUACGUCCUCAUCUACGGCGGCAGCACGGCUACUGGCGCCCUGGGCAUUCAGUUUGCGAAUCUAGCCGGAUACACCGUGCUGACGACGUGCUCGCCGCGCAACUUCGACUACGUCAAGUCUCUCGGCGCGGCCGAAGUGUUCGACUACAACGACAAGGAGGCCGCGGCCAAGAUCCGCCAACUCACGGACGACAAGCUCAAACUGGCGUGGGACACGAUCAGCGAAAAGGACAGCGCGCAGUUCUGUGCCGACGCCCUCUCCACCGGAUCCGGCGGCCGGUACGGGUCCAUCCUCCCGGUCAGUUGCCCGCGCGAGGAUGUCGAGAGCGUCAGCACGCUCAUGUACACCAUCUUUGGCGAGUCGUUCAAAUUCGGGCCCCAGGAAUUCCCGGCCAUCGGGGAGGACUUUGAGUACGCCAAGAAGUUCCUGGCCAUGACCGAGGGCCUGUUGAAGGAGGGGAAGAUCAAGGCGCACAAGCAGACCGUGGGCAAGGAUGGGUUGGAGGGUGUGCUGAAGGGCAUGGAGGAUAUGAAGAAUGGGAAGGUGAGUGGGGAGAAGUUGGUCUAUCGGGUGGCUGAGACGCCGUGA